AUCUGCGGUUGUUUCAAACAUGGAGGAGGGGGAAAGAAAAAGUGAACCUAGAAAAAGCAAAGAAAGGUCAACAGCUACCUGUUCCAGCUCAGCAGCAGUCCCGGAGCGUGAACCGGAGGCAGGCAGUAGCGCUGACGGCAAUGACGCAGACAAAAUCGAUGUCUGCUCUGAGAAGUUUGACCCCCUCCUGGCCUUGUAUUCGCCGACUGUACCGCUUCCUUUCCCUAAUGUCAAAUGUUUUAACAAUGUGUCAGCCUAUGAGAGCUUUCUAAAGGGUGGCAGAGGAAGGGCCAAGCCGGAGAACGUGGAGAAAAAGCGACAAAAGGCGAUGAAAGGGGUGGUGGACCCGGAGCGUAUCGCCAGGCUGAAGAGGCUAAUGGUGAACAACCCGAUGAAGGAGUCUGAGGAGGGAGAGAGCAGCGGCACACCGAGGAGAAGGAGGCAGAAACCCCACAAAAAUGUCCUGACAAGGAUGCCCUUAUGCGAGGGCAGCCCUUUGGGGGAGGUGUACAGGUGUGUCAAGGAAAGGAUAAGGGUCAAAGUCCACAUCAGGACCUUCAAAGGGCUAAGGGGAGUCUGCUCCGGCUUUAUUGUGGCUUUCGACAAAUUCUGGAAUAUGGCAAUGGUAGAUGUGGAUGAGACUUACAGAGAACCUCUACUUGGGAAAGCUCUCUACCAUGAGAAGGCUCUCACCAUAUCACGGCUCUUUGAGAAGCUAAAAAUCCAGGAGAGCUCAGCAGCCGAGGAUUCAGCUAAGAAGAAAGAAGCCCGGGAGACAUCUUCAAACCCAGAAAGCAUGUCUGCUCAGCGUUCUAGCAAGAGAGGAGGCAACACAGCCAAGCCCAAGCUUCCAGAUAGAGAUAAAACCACACAGGAUAAAGACAAAGUCUCAGUGAAGGCACCGUGUCCAGACGUGUGCCACAAGUAUGGAAAAGUGCACACACGACACAUCAACCAGCUCUUUAUCCGGGGUGAGAACGUCAUCCUGGUAAACCCACAGUCGCUCUGAUUUCUGUUGCUUUUUAAAAAAAAAAAAAAAUUUAGCCUGGACACUUUCUAGAAGCACAUUUAAGGAAAUUUAAGUAUUAUUGUACACAUAACAUCUGUAGUAAUAUGUGUUCAAUACAAAAAUGAACUGACAGAUAUGAUUUAAUCAGAUUCGAAAGAAUCAAACAAGGACUGCUGUUGUAUCAUAUUGAUAUGGAGGUUUUUCUCUGCCCACCAGAGAAAUUAUCUUGUUUUUGAAGAAUAAAAGCGUCU